AUGAAGUUGAUUUGGGCGGCGGCAGUGGCGGAGAUUUGGGCGGCGGCAGUGGCGGAGAUUUGGGCGGCGGCAGUGGCGGAGAUUUGGGCGGCGGCAGUGGCGGAGACCUGGGCGGCGGCAGUGGCGGAGACCUGGGCGGCGGCAGUGGCGGAGACCUGGGCGGCGGCAGUGGCGGAGACCUGGGCGGCGGCAGUGGCGGAGACCUGGGCGGCGGCAGUGGCGGAGACCUGGGCGGCGGCAGUGGCGGAGACCUGGGCGGCGGCAGUGGCGGAGACCUGGGCGGCGGCAGUGGCGGAGACCUGGGCGGCGGCAGUGGCGGAGACCUGGGCGGCGGCAGUGGCGGAGACCUGGGCGGCAGCAGUGGCGGAGACCUGGGCGGCAGCAGUGGCGGAGACCUGGGCGGCGGAAGUGGCGGAGAUCUGGGCGGCGGCAAUGGCGGACAGCAGGGCGGACCCGGCGGACAGCAGGGCGGACUGUUGGUGCAACCCUACGCAGGGCGGACCCGGGGGGCAGCAGGGCGGACCCGGCGGACAGCAGGGCGGACCCGGCGGACAGCAGGGCGGACCCGGCGGACAGCAGGGCGGAUCCGGCGGACAGCAGUGCGGACCCGGCGGACAGCAGGGCGGACCCGGCGGACAGCAGGGCGGACCCGGCGGACAGCAGGGCGGACCCGGCGGACAGCAGGGCGGACCCGGCGGACAGCAGGGCGGCCAGGGCGGACCGCCGCAGCAGGGCGGACAGCAGGGCGGCCAGCAAGGCGGACAGGGAGGACCGCCGCAGCAGGGCGGACAGGGCGGACCGCCGCAGCAGGGCGAACAGCAGGGCGGACAGCAGGGCGGACAGGGCAGACCGUCGCAGCAGGGCGGACAGGGCGGACCGUCGCAGCAGGGCGGACAAGGCGGACCGCCGCAGCAGGGCGGACAGCAGGGCGGACAGGGCGGACAGCAGGGCGGCCAGCAAGGCGGACAGGGAGGACCGCCGCAGCAGGGCGGACAGGGCGGACCGCCGCAGCAGGGCGGAGAGCAGGGCGGACAGGGCAGACCGUCGCAGCAGGGCGGACAGGACGGACCGUCGCAGCAGGGCGGACAAGGCGGACCGCCGCAGCAGGGCGGACAGCAGGGCGGACAGCAGGGCGGACAGCAGGGCGGACAGGGCGGACAGCAGGGCGGCCAGCAAAGCGUACAGGGCGGACAGCAGGGCGGCCAGCAAGGCGGACAGGGCGGACCGCCGCAGCAGGGCGGACAGGGCGGACCGUCGCAGCAGGGCGGACAGCAGGGCGGACAGGGCGGACCGCCGCAGCAGGGCGGACAGGGCAGACCGCCGCAGCAGGGCGGACAGCAGAGCGGACAGCAGGGCGGACAGCAGGGCGGCCAGCAAGGCGGACAAGGCGGCCCGCCGCAGCAGGGCGGACAGCACGGCGGACAGGGCGGACCGCCACAGCAGGGCGGACAGCAGGGCGGACAGGGAAGACCGUCGCAGCAGGGCGGACCGCCGCAGGAAGGUCAGCAGGGCGGAUCCAGUGGACAGCAGGGCGGACAGGGCGGACCGCCGCAGGAAGGUCAGCAGGGCGGAUCCAGUGGACAGCAGGGCGGACAGCAGGGGGGUGGUGGCGGAGAUCAAGGGGGUGCUGGCGGGGAUCAGGGUGGAGCAGGCAGUUCGAGCGUCGCCACUGCUCAGAGUGUGAGAGGCAGUGCGAUCAAUACAACAAGUGCCAAGGGUGGAAAGGGAGGCAAGGGCGGCAAGGGCGGAAAGGGAGGAAAGGGGGGGAAGGGUGGCAAGGGAGGAAAGAAGUGA